AUGCGGGCAAUUAUAAUAUACCUCGAUGAGCCGAAUAAAACAACAUUUGUCUAUAACAGUGACCUUGCUGCAAAACCACCGGAAGAUUUCUUUCAAAUUCCAAAUGUGUUUCACCUACAAUUAAUUAUAAAAUCAUCAGCAGAUAUUAUAAGCGUACCAACUUACAUAUUUUCUAAACAUUACCAACUGGAAACGCUUACGCUUACGUUACAAGGUUUAAGAGGCCAAGACUUAUCGCUGCAAAACUUGACGCAAACACACUUUGAAAACCUCACUGCGCUCAGACAGCUUGACUUAGCCGGAAAUAAUAUGCGAAGGUUGGAAGCAACUAUCUUUACAGCGCUAACGAAAUUGAAUUGUCUGAAUUUAAGCCGUAAUGAGAUUGAGGAAUUGCCCGAAAGUCUAUUUGCAAAUCAGCAUCAACUUUUAAUACUGGAUCUGAGUCACAAUUUAUUGACAUAUUUAACGACACAACUUUUCGAUCAAACUCCUUGGCUAUGGCAAUUGAAACUUGGUGGCAAUCACCUACACGACACUACAAAUCUUAUAGAAAAUCUGAAACCACUUCAUUAUCUGCAUAUGCUAGACUUAAGUCAGAACAAACUUCAAACUAUUUGGAGCACUGAGUCACAUGUUAAUGCAACGACAACGUCACUGAAAAUAUUUCGAUAUAGCAAUAUGGGCAUGAAUUUGACUUUAGCGGACGGUCUUAAAUACAUCACAAAGUUGCAACAAGAAAAUUACGAGGGUGGGAAGCUUAACUUAACAGUAAUCAACUUAAGUGGCAAUCGUUUGCGCGACUUCACUUUGGAUUGGCUUUACAACUGA